GAGAGAGAGAGAGAGAUGCAUUCUCCUAUAUAACUUCAUUUCUCUCCAAAAACAAACGAAAAACAUUCUCCUGCCUGCCACUGCCAGGAUCAUCAUGCCAAGAAAAAUGGCAAAGUUGUGCAGGGGGAAGGCAGUGAUAGUGAGUGUGUAUGAAGAGAGUCCAGGGAAAAGAAGGGUCUCAUCAUCAUCAAAUAGCCAUCACCACCAUCACCACCACUAUGUCCAUCAUGUCAUCAAACAAGAGGUAACCCUACACAAGAAUGGAGAUUCUCGUAAAGGAUACAGUAGAAGAGCUGAGCUUCUUCACUACUCUCAGCACCUUCGAGAGUCUGCUCUAUCAGCAACAUCCUCCCCUUCAGUUCCAAAGCCAAUUUCUUCCAACAACCACCACCACCAACCCACAACAAACAUUGUUGCUGCUCCAAGCAAGCCAAGAUUCUCCAGGAGCACUAGUCCUACUUGUCUAGGCAAUUGGAAGAUCUUGAUUCCGAAUAUUUGCAGAUCUUUGACAAGUAUCCAAGCUAAGCAAAAGAAGAAAAAGAAACAUAGUGGAUCCACAAGCAAUGCCAUGAUAACUGUAAUGAAAAGCCUAGAGGUACAAAAGAAGAAGGGAUUUAUUCUGAAACUGCUCUCAAAACUGCAAAGGCAUAGAUGAAUUGUUUCGCAUGGUUUCUGUGAAACCCAUAUCCAUUAAAGGGCAAUAAAUUAUGUAACUUCAGGAAAUGAAGACAAAAAAACAACAUAUAUGCUUUCAUGUGCUAUAUUACAUAUGGUAUGCAACUAAGUGCAAAUUCUUUUUA